CUCUCCUACUUAUGUUAUUUCAUUCUCCUCUUUGAGUUUAUUCCAAUAGUUUUCAUAUUAUUAAACCUAGGCACCAGUUGGUUGGGUUGUGACUCAGAAAAACUAAGCUCAUGUCUGGAGCUUCUUCAUCUUCACCAGCUGGAGCUGCUUUUACUGUUUUCACUUUCUUUGUUGCAAUUAUCUUUGUUCUUGUUCCUUUUGCAAGAGCCCAGAAUGGAACUCAACCCACUACUGAUCCCUCUGAAGUGAGAGCUUUGAAUUCUAUUUUUAACCAAUGGAAGAUAAAGGCUAACACCCAACAAUGGAAUACAACUGGGGACCCGUGCAGUGGUGCCGCCGUAGACAACUCCAGCUUCGUCGAUGUCACUUUUAACCCCUUUAUCAAAUGCGUCUGCUCUUUCAACAAUAACUCUCUCUGCCACAUUACUCAACUGAAAGUUUAUGCACUGGAUGCUGAUGGUCCAAUUCCAGAAGAGCUAUGGAGUCUGACCUUCCUCUUCGAUCUGAAUUUGGGCCAGAAUUUCUUGACAGGCUCUCUUUCUCCAUCAAUUGGAAACCUCACUAAGAUGCAAUACUUGAGCUUUGGCAUAAAUGCAUUAUCAGGGGAGGUGCCAAAGGAAUUGGGACAACUUACUGAGCUAUUAAGUUUGUCCUUUGGAUCGAACAACUUCUCUGGUCCUCUGCCACGUGAAUUAGGGAAUUUAAAAAAAUUAACACAACUUUACAUUAAUAGUGCUGGAGUUAGUGGCGAGAUACCUUUGACAUUUGCAAAUCUUCAAAGCUUGGAAACAUUUUGGGCAUCAGACAAUGAAUUCACAGGAAAGAUACCUGACUUCAUAGGAAAUUGGACAAAUCUUAAUACAUUGAGUCUUCAAGGAAACUCUUUUGAAGGACCUAUACCAUCAACAUUCGCAAAUCUAACUUCUCUAACAGACUUGCGGUUAAGUGAAAUAUCUAAUGUAAGUUCUUCUCUUGCAUUUAUCAAGGAUAUGAAGUCUCUAAGUACCUUAAUACUUAGGAACAACAAUAUCACUGGUACAAUUCCAUUGAAUAUCGGAGAGCUCCAACAGUUACAACAACUAGAUUUGAGCUUUAACAAGUUAAAUGGACAGAUUCCAGACUCUCUUUUCAACAUUAGCUCGCUCUCUCAUCUGUUUCUUGGAAAUAAUAGCCUAAACGGAACCCUGCCUCAACAAAGAAGUACAUCUCUUCUCAAUAUUGAUCUGUCAUACAAUAAUCUAAUGGGGAGCAUUCCUUCUUGGGUCAACAAUCAAGAAGGUCUACACGUUAACUUGGUUGGCAACAACUUUACAAUGAAUAGCUCAAACAACAGUCCUCUUCUUGUAGGUUUGAACUGUCUUCAAAAGAAUUUCCCCUGCGGUCUAGGCCGUCCCAUAUAUUAUAACUUCGGAAUUAACUCUGGUGGUUUGGAAAUUACAUCUUCUGAUAAAAUUUUGUAUGAAGAGGAUGUUGAGGCUUUGGGUGCAGCUACACAUUUUGUCACCAGCAGCAACAGAUGGGCAGUGAGCAAUGUUGGAGCUUUUGCAGGAAACAAUAAUGCUACCUAUAGAGGUUUUUCAUCAUCUCAAUUCAGAAAUACUCUAGAUCCAGAACUAUUCCAGACAACAAGGCUAUCUGCUUCAUCAUUGAGAUACUAUGGUCUGGGGCUUGAGAAUGGUAACUACACUGUCAAACUCCAGUUUGCAGAAAUUGCUAUACUGAGUUCUCGCAGCUGGAAAAGCGUUGGCAGGCGUGUAUUUGAUAUUUAUAUCCAGGGAAUUCGAGUUUUAAAAGAUUUUGACAUAAAAAAGGAGGCUGGUGGACUCUCUUUUAGAGCAGUAGAGAGAGAAUUUACGGCUAAUGUUUCACAGAACUUCCUUGAAGUCCACCUCUUUUGGGCUGGAAAAGGAACUUGUUGUAUACCUGCUCAAGGUACUUAUGGGCCUUCCAUUGCAGCAAUCAGUGCCACCCCAAAUUUUACACCCACUGUCAGUAACAAAUCCCCAAGCACUAAGAAGAACCAUACAGGUCUGAUCGUGGGAAUUGUUGUCGGAUUUGCUGUUUUAAGCGUUUUGUGUGUGUUAGUGGCAAUCUACAUUGCUCAACGAAGAAAGAGAGCUCAAAUGAAUGAAGAGUUCUUGGGAAUGGAUGUUAAACCAUUCACUUUCAGCUAUAGCGAACUAAAGACGGCUACCAAUGAUUUCAAUUCUACUAAUAAGUUGGGAGAGGGGGGAUUUGGACCUGUCUACAAGGGAACGCUUGAAGAUGGAAGAGUUGUCGCGGUGAAGCAACUGUCUGUGACUUCUCAUCAAGGAAAGAGCCAGUUUGUUGCUGAAAUCGCCACAAUAUCUGCUGUGCAACAUCGUAACCUGGUCAAAUUGUACGGAUGUUGUAUUGAGGGAGAUAAAAGACUUCUUGUUUACGAGUACCUAGAAAACAAGAGUCUUGAUCAAGCAUUAUUUGGUGUGUGGAUAACAAUAUUGUUUGUUUGUUUGUAUAAAUCCAAGCAAAUAAUACCAAAUAAAUUUAAAAAUGUCUGUGGCUGUCAUGUAUCAGGGAAGCAUAGUUUGAAGCUGGAUUGGUCAACACGUUUCGACAUUUGCAUGGGCGUAGCAAGAGGUCUAACUUAUCUUCAUGAGGAGUCGCGGCUUAGAAUUGUACACAGAGAUGUCAAGUCCAGCAACAUUCUGCUUGACUAUAAUCUCAUCCCCAAAAUAUCAGAUUUUGGUUUGGCUAAACUUUAUGAUGAUAAACAGACUCAUAUAAGUACACGAGUUGCUGGAACAAUUGGUUAUCUUGCACCAGAAUACGCCAUGCGCGGCCACCUUACAGAGAAAACCGAUGUCUUUGCAUUUGGAGUUGUGGCUCUAGAGCUUGUUAGUGGCAGGCCAAAUUCUGACUCUACUCUAGAUGAAGAAAGAAUGUACCUUCUUGAAUGGGCUUGGGAUUUGCAUGAACAAGGCCGUGAACUCGAACUGGUGGAUUCAGAACUAUCAGAUUUCGAGGAGGAAGAAGUGAAGAGAAUCAUUGGAGUGGCUUUACUAUGCACUCAAACCUCACCAACAGUGCGUCCACCUAUGUCCAGAGUGGUGGCAAUGAUUUCAGGAGACAGUGAUGUGAGCACUGAAAUUUCAAGGCCUGGUUACUUGGCUGACUGGAAAUUCAAUGAUGUCAGCACUCUAAUGAGUCAGAUUGCAAAAGGGACCAAUUCUAGCUUUUAUGACUCGUGUGCGAGCACAAGUGUUUAACGCCCAAAAUUUGACAACCACUAAGCGGUGGUUGUAGUAUAAUCGGGCGGUCGAUCCACAAGGAGGUAGCCUAAAAUAAAAAAAUUAGUAGAAAAUAACACAAAAAGUUAGUAACAAGAAUUAAAUAAAAUUGUAAAUGGAAAGAGGUUUGAGAUUUUGGUAUUGUAUUUUUUUGAUGAAAUGAUAAAGUGAGAUAGGUGAGAUAAAUGUAACAUGUAAUCAAGAGUUUGAGAAAUAGAAAGGUUUCAAGAAUCA